AUGGGAGAUCUAAACGCAAAGGUGGGUUCAGGGGAGGUACCAGGAGUGAUCAAACCUUAUGGAUUAGGGGUAAGAAAUGAACGGGGCGAAUCGUUCAUUGAGUUCUGUCAAGAACAUGAACUGGUAGUCACGAACACCCUGUUCAAACAUCACCCAAGGAGGCUCUACACAUGGACCUCACCAGCGCACACACCAGAUCACAUAGUUCGCAACCAAAUAGAUUACAUAGCGAUAAAUAGUCGUUUCAAAAAUUCGAUUAAAAGUGCUCAAACCUAUCCUGGUGCUGAUAUCAACUCUGACCACAACCCCGUUGUAGUUAAAAUGUGCUAUAACCUGAAAAAACUAAGAAAGACUAAAAUCAUCUGUCGUCCGGAUAUACGCAGUAUCAAACAUCCGGAUAAAAGAGUAAAAGCCUCCAAUGCUAUCAACCGCUGGGUAGAAGAAAAUUUUAAUACAACUGCAUCUGUAGAGAAAGUGAAUCAUGCUCUAGUUAGAACCAUUACCGACAUUAAUGAAACUAUUUUGGGUCAGACGCAUCAUAACAAAAGACAACAGUGGAUGGAAGGUGAAAUCUUAGACCUCAUGGAAGAACGACGACUAAUUAAAAAAUUCGAUCCACACGCAUACAAUGCCCUAAAUAAGUUAAUCAGGAGGAAAAUUCGAGCAGCUAGGUCUAAAUUUUAUGAGGACAAAUGUGUAAGGCUGGAAGAGCUCAACACCAAACACGACAGCUUUAACUUACACAAAGAGAUCAAAGAGAUGGCUGGAUUGCGGAAAAGGACAAACCGGAAUACGUUAGUGGAUGAUAGUGGUAAUGUAUUAUUAGACAUAGAGAGCAAAAAAUCUACUUGGAAACUCUAUGUUGAAGAGAUGUUCGCAGAUGCAACUAGAAGAAUCACAGUAACACCAGGGAAUGAAACUGGACCUCCUAUAUUGAGAGCAGAGGUAGUAAAAGCUCUAAAGAGAGCCAAAACUGGAAAAUCUCCAGGUCCAGAUCAAAUUCAUGUGGAGAUACUACAACUAAUAGAGGAACACCUUGUGGAUGCGGUAACCAACUUCUUCAACUGUAUUUAUGCAACGGGGAUUAUGCCGAAGGAUUGGUUAAUAUCAACGUUCAUCACCCUCCCGAAGAAACCUACGGCUAAGAAAUGCACAGAAUAUCGCACAAUAAGUCUGAUGAGUCAGGUCUUAAAACUUUUUCUCUCGAUUAUACAUUUAUUCUCGUUGAAUGUCCUCGUUCAAAAAUGUAGAGACUUACAAACAGACGUCAUUAUAUGUUUUGUUGAUUACGAAAAGGCCUUUGAACGUGUCAAACAUGAGGUACUUAUGCGUAAGAAGUCGCAAUAG